AUGGAAAGGAAAGCACUUCUUAAAUUCAAAGAACAUCUUAAAGAUCCUUCCGAUCGACUUUCUUCCUGGGUUGGUGAAGAUUAUUGUAGAUGGAUGGGCAUAGGCUGCAGCAACCGAACAGGCAAUGUUGUACAACUUGACCUCAAAAACUAUGACUGUUACAUGGAAAGCAGAAGUGACGCAGAGGCUUAUAUUUCAUCUUGUUUGGGUGGUGAGAUAAGUACUUCUUUGCUCGACUUAAAAUAUCUGAAGUAUUUAGACCUGAGCAUGAAUAAUUUUCAAGGAAUUCCAAUCCCAGGCUUCUUGGGUUCACUUGAGAAGUUGAGAUACCUUAAUCUCUCUUAUGCGUCUUUUGGUGAAAUGAUCCCUCCUCAUCUCGGAAAUCUUUCAAGCCUGCAUUAUCUUGAUCUUUACUCCGAUCCAUUCUUUAGUCAGAGUCUUAAAACCAUUUGGGUCCGAGAUUUUAACUGGCUCUCUAGCUUAUCUUCUUUGGAAUACCUUAAUCUCGGUUUUGUUAACCUUAGUUCAGCAAGAACUGAUUGGCUGGAAGCCCUUAAUAUGCUUCCUUUUCUUUCAGAGUUACACUUGCAAGGUUGUAACCUUCAACACUUGCCUGUCUCUCUACAAAGUUUGAAUUUUACCUCCCUUUCGGUCAUUGAUCUCUCUUACAACCAUUUCAACUCGUCAUUACCCCAAUGGUUGAAUAACAUUAGUACCCUUGUUGAACUAAAUCUUGGCAAUUGUCAUAUGAAAGGUCCAAUUUUCAACAUUGCAUGGAGAAAUCUAUGUAAUGUUCGGACUUUAGCUUUAAAUGGGAAUGAGAUUAGUGGUGAGAUAAGUGAAUUGGUCGAGGGUUUAUCUCCAUGCAAUAACGGUAGCAUACAGGAGGGCCUUGCAAAACUGCAAGAAUUCUCCAUAUCAUCUUCGAACACAACAUUUGUCUUCAACGUGAGCAGUGAAUGGGUUCCUCCCUUUAGCUUAGCAACAAUUGAAAUCAGAAACUGUCGAUUGGGUCCAAAAUUUCCAAUAUGGCUUAGAACUCAGAAACAACUUUCUAAUAUAAUCCUCACUGGUGUUGCCAUUUCAGACCCGAUUCCUUCUUGGCUUUGGAAAAUGUCUCCGCAGAUCCAAUGGUUAGAUCUCUCUAAUAACCAAAUUGGAGGAAUACUUCCCAGUUCACUCGAGUUCUCCCCAGGAACAUGGAUAGAUUUGAGCAUGAACCGCUUAGAGGGUCCACUCCCACUGUGGCCUAACGUGUGGUAUCUCAUCUUGUGGAACAACUUACUCUCAGGACCUAUCCCAAAGAACAUUGGCCAAGUAAUGGCAUCACUGCAAUAUUUUCUCCUUUCCGGGAAUUUUCUUAAUGGUAGCAUCCCUUUGUCUGUUGGUAAGAUGAAGAAUUUAAAUCGACUUGAUUUAUCAGACAAUGAUUUAUCUGGAAGAAUCCAUGACAACUGGAGAGAUUUGCAAGAACUCCAAAACAUAGAUUUAUCCAGGAACAAUCUAUCUGGUAACAUUCCCAGGUCAAUGUGUUCACUGCCUUCUCUUUCUGUCUUGAAAUUGGGUGACAAUAGUCUUUCUGGGGAACUCUCUCCUUCAUUGAAAAACAGCAUUUCCCUGACCUUGAUUGAUAUUGGAGAGAAUAGAUUUACUGGGAACGUACCAAAAUGGAUUGGAGAAAGCCUUCCAUUGCUGUCGGAGUUACGCAUGCGGGACAACAUGUUCACCGGAAAUAUUCCUGAGCAACUAUGUUCUCUUUCGCAUUUACAUGUCUUGGACCUUGCUCUUAAUAAUUUAUCGGGUACCAUACCACCAUGCCUCGGAAAUUUGAGUGACUUGAGUUCAUCGACAUCUUAUAGUCCACAAAUUCCACCGGGGCAUUACUUCUAUACACCUGAGUUGGAUUUGUUUCUGAAGGGAAGACAAAUGCAAUAUACCUCCACUCUUGAGCUUGUAAAUGUCAUCGACCUCUCGAGCAACAGCCUAUGGGGAGAGAUUCCAGAAGAUAUAACAAAGCUUUCCACCCUGGGAACCUUAAAUUUAUCCAGGAAUGAAUUGACAGGAAAGAUACCAGAGACGAUUGCAGGCUUAAAGAAAUUGGAAACUCUUGAUCUCUCAUGCAACCAUCUUUCAGGUCCAAUUCCUCCAAGCAUGUCCUCUAUCACCACAUUAAACCAUUUGAACUUGUCUCACAACAAUUUGUGUGGUCCAAUUCCUUCGACCAACCAGUUUCUAACCUUCAAUGAUCCAGCCAUUUAUGAGGGUAAUCCAGGACUUUGUGGAGGUCCUUUAUCAACCAAGUGUCUCACGCCCAAUGGAGGGGAUGGUGAAGGCCAAGGUCAACCCAAAGAUAACGACAAUGACGAUGAAAAUGAAGACGAGUUUGAGAUGCUGUGGUUGUGGGUUAGUGUGGCAUUGGGAUUUGUUUCAGGAUUUUGGGCUGUUUGUGGUAGUUUGGUGAUAAAGAAGUCGUGGAGACAUGCCUACUUCAGAUUUUUAGAUGGUGUGAAAGAUUGGCUCUUUGUGGUCGUUGCGCUGAAUGUGGCUCGUCUACGAAGAAUGAUGGGGAGCCAUAAGAGUCCUGCACCUGCAUAG